GCAAAGGUCAAGGUGAACGUCAAAAUGGCGGAUCGUCUAACACAACUUCAAGAUGCUGUAAAUCAGAUGGCUGAUCAUUUCUGCAAUAGUAUUGGAAUUCUUCAGCAGUUUGCACCAUCGGGUCAGUUUGUAGGUUUCGAUAAAUCCGUAUCAAAAUCUCCAGCACCAGUAGAAAAUGAAGAUCAUGCGAGAUUGUUUGCAGAAUUGAUAGCAAGAACAGCUAAAGACAUUGAUGUCAUCAUAGAUUCCCUGCCAAGUGAAGAGUCUUCUCCAGAACUGCAGGUAGCAAGUCUUCAUAAACUGGAGUUGGAAAACCAGGAAGCUGCUCAUCGUCUUGAAGAUGUAGUAAAACGUGGAGAGAUGUUGUUGGGCAACAUCCAGGGGGCGCUAGAGGACAUUGCUCAGGCCCAACUCCCUGUGCCCAAUGUACCAAAGACUGGGACAACUCCUGGUGGAUUUCAUCCACACACUUGAAUGUUGAAAUAUUGUGAUGGAGUAAAAGUCCAUGGGACACUUCUCUACACUGAAUUCCCACAUUGGGUGAAAGGAUAUUGUGUGGGGCCAAAUGAACCAUAUGGUAUGAUCCUCUACUCCAUGCUAAAUUCCCAUAAUUCAUCAUGGGACUAGAUUGUGUUGGAACUAAGGAACCCUGGGAGGUGACCUCCUUCUCAACACUAAAUUUUCAUAUUUGGGGGUCAAAGGGUCAUAGACAUUGUGCAGCCCCAAGGAAAUCCUCUAUUCCACACUCCUAUACUAAAACAUUGGAUUAUAGAUUUUGUGUUGGAGACUAAGGACCAUGGGACAAGACCACAUUGGUGUCACUCUCGUACUUGGGAUUGUCUGAAUUAAUGGACAAUGGACCCUCAGAUACCACAUCUCUGAAAACUCCCAUGCUUCAUUAAUGGAUCAGAAAUUAUAUCAGGGUUGAAGGACACAUUAAAGGAUCCUGUGAUGUUGACUCACAUAUUAACUCCCAUAUUCAAUCAUGGAAUUAGAUUUUGUGAUGCUCACAGAGUUGAGGGACUGAGAUUUUUCCUCGCUUUGGUAUUUAUUCCAUUCCCAUAUUUGAUAAAUUGUUAACAGAAACAUAACAAUCAAGCUGAAGGACCCUGGAAUAUAAUUCCUUAUUUGUGUUUCAAUUCCAUACUUAAUAAAUGGAGAAGAAUCACCAGGAUGAUUUGAUCCUCUUUGAUAAAACAUUUAAUGUUGUAGAAAUGACAUAGUGAGUAAAUUGUAAUUUUAUUUUUGAUAUAAAGAAUUUUUAUAUUUUAAAAAGAAAAAAUAAAUUCAUACAAUGAUCAAUACUAUAUUUAUUCAAUGAUUCAAGCAAAAUGCUGAAAAUAUUGUGUUUUUCACAAGGUGCCAUUUACAAGAAUUCAUCAGGGGUUUCAUUAGCAGCAGG